CCCAUUUGCGCCCGCCACCCGGCGGCCCCUUCCGGUGCUCAGGUCCCCGCAGACGCGAUGGCGUCACCAUGGCUGUCCUGCGUCCUGCUUCCUGCCCUCAUGGUGUCUGUGGCAGCCAACACCGCUCCAGUUUUCGUGAAUAGCAUGGUAGUGACGCUGCCUGAGGAUCUGCCAGUAGGGGCCGUGGCUUUUUGGAUGGUGGCUAAGGACCAGGAUGGGGACAAACUGACCUAUGGGAUUAAUGGCCCCAAAGCCUACUUCUUCUCUGUCAACUCAAGCACGGGGGAAGUGAAGCUGGCCAGCCCUCUGGACUAUGAGACUGAGAUCCACUUUAAGGUCAACAUCUCUGUGAGCGACAGCUACAACUCACCGGAGCAGAAGACCUUGCAGGUGCUGGUGGAGGAUAGAAAUGACAACGCUCCUGUCUUUGAGAACACCAGCUUCUCCAUCAGCAUCAACGAGACCCUGCCGGUCGGCUCUGUGGUGACCACUGUGUUGGCUGUUGACAAAGACACGGGGCUUGGGGGCUUGGUGGUGUACUCCAUAGAGAAGGUCAUACCUGACACUGCGGACAACCAGCGCCUCUUCAGUAUCCUGGCCAAUGGCUCCAUCCUGCUCAACGACCACCUCAGCUAUAACAACAAGAGCGCCUUCUACCAGCUGGAGCUGAAGGCGUGUGACUCAGGAGACACGGGCAUGAGCAACACAACCAUCCUGUGUUCCCCCACCGUCAUCUUGUCCAUCAGGGUGAUUGACCAGCCUGACCUGGACCCCCAGUUUGUCAGGGAGGUGUACAUGGCCUCUGUGACUGAGAACGCCCCUGAGGGGACCUCUGUGCUGAAGGUGGAGGCUGUGGACAGAGACAAAGGCAUCAAUGAUCCUGUGACCUACAGCAUCUCCAACUCCACAAGGCCGGGCUGGUUUUCCAUAAAGUCCGACGGGGUCAUCAUCGUCAAUGGCUCCCUAGACCGUGAGCAGCUGCUGAAUGAGGACGAGGAGGUGCAGGUGCAGGUCACGGCUACUGAGAAACAACUCAACAUCUAUGGGCAAGAAGCCAAGGUGAGCAUAUGGGUCACGCUGAGGGUGACAGAUGUCAACGAUCACAAACCUGAGUUUUUCGACUGCACCUUCCUGAACUGCGCCUUCACCCCCGAAGAGGCCCAAGUUAACUUCACUGGCUUCGUGUAUGAGCAUUCCUCGGCCCGCAUCCCCAUCGAGAACCUCACCCUGAUGGCCUACGACCCAGAUAAGGGCAUCAACGGCACCUUCUUGCUCUCCCUGAGAGGCCCUGAAGCGGCAGCCUUCAGUGUCUCCCCUGAGCGGGCUGCAAACUCCGCGGAAGUUCAGGUGUUGGUAAGGGACUCAGAGCUGGUGGACUAUGAAAAGUGGACCGUGAUGGUGGUACAGGUGGUGGCCACUGACUUGGUCAGCAAGGACUCUUCCACUGCUACUGUGACCAUCCACAUCAUAGACAUCAAUGACAACAGGCCCGAAUUCCCAAAGCCGCUGUAUAUCUUCACUGUGCCAGAGCACAGUGCCAAUGGCUUUGUGAUCACCGAUAGCACACAUGCCACUGACCCAGACACAGGUGAGGGCGGCCACAUCACCUAUGCCCUGACCCAGGGGAACAGGGAUAACAUCUUCGAGGUGGACGCCAACACAGGGACGGUGACCGUGAGGAACAGCACCUUACUGGACCGAGAGAGACAGGCCGAGUACAUCCUCACGCUGCAGGCCAAGGACGGCGGGAACCUGUCGGACUCCACCACCUUAGAGAUCCACUUGCUGGACAUCAAUGACAAUCCGCCCGUGGUCAGCGGCUCCUACAACAUCUUUGUCCAAGAGAAGUGGGACCAUGUCUCCUUGACCAUCCAGGCCCACGACGAGGACGAGCCCAAUACCAACAACAGCCGCCUGCACUUCAGCCUGCUGCCUGGCCCCUACAGCCAAAACUUCUCAGUGAAUGCCAGCACAGGGCUCCUGACAAGCCUGAGGCCCCUGGACCGCGAGGCCAUCGACCCUGCCCUGGGGGGCCGCAUCGUGCUGACAGUGUGCGUGGCUGACAGUGGCAUGCCUGUUCUCAGCACUGAGGUCAAUGUCACCAUCAACGUAGAGGACAUCAAUGACAACCUGCCUGUCUUCAGCCAGUCCACCUACAACUUCACAGUGAAGGAGAGGGUCUCAGGAGUGCUGGUGGGCGUGGUGGAGGCCUGGGAUGCGGACCAGACAGAAGCCAAUAACCGCAUCAGCUUCAGUCUGGCAGGGAACAACUCCUACAACUUCCUGAUCCGAAGCUCGCAGCUGGGGCCCGGCCAGGCCAUCGGCCGGCUCCAGCUGCCCAUGGACGUGAGUCUGGACUAUGAGACGCAGGCCUUCUUCGCUCUGACAGUGACUGCCACAGACCCCGAUCCACAGAUGGAAGCCACAGCAACGGUCUCUGUGAUUGUGGAGGACGUGAACGACACCCCUCCCACCCUGACACCGGACUCACUCCGGGGCAUCCGAGUGGCUGAGAAUGGCUCGGCACACGGCACAGUGGCUCGGGUGGUUGCCCAGGACAAGGACACCCAGGCUCAGCUGGAGAUUGAGCUCAUGAACGUCAUCUGCACCAAGGCUGGGGUUGACGUGGGCAGCCUGUGCCAUGGCUGGUUCUCCGUGAUGCCCAACGGCUCUGUGCUCAUCAAUGAGAGCAAGGCCAUUGACUACGAGCUCUGUGACCUGGUCACUCUGGUUGUGCGGGCCCAUGACGUCACGACAGACCCCCGUUUCGAGGCCUACAGUGCCAAUGGGAGCCUCCCCAUCACUAUUGAGGAUGUGAAUGACAAUGCACCCUACUUCCUUCCGGAGAAUAAGACUUUCGUGAUCAUUCCGGAGCUUGUGAUGCCCAACCAGCAGGUGGCUUCUGUCCAGGCCAGAGACAACGACUCAGGGGACAAUGGGGCCAUCGAGUUCUCCAUCCUCCAAGUGAACUUCCUCUCUAACGACGGGGCCACCACCUCUUUCCAGGGCUUCUUCCAGAUUGCCACCUCCUCGAAGGACAGCGUGUUCACUGGCAACAUUGAGCUGGUGACCAACCUGGAUUCCACUCUCCAGGGCACCUACCAGGUGACCAUCCAGGCCCAGGACAAACCUUCCAUGGGUGAUGUCCAGAAAGCCCAGACCACCCUGAAUCUCUUCACCGUGGACCAGAGGUACCGCGUGAGGCUGCAGUUCUCUGUGCCCAAGGAGGAGGUGGGCGCCAACCUGGAGGACAUCAAGGCGGCUCUCACCCAGGCGACCAGAACGACCAUCUAUAUCGUCAACAUUCAGGACAUAGAUGCCACAACUCGGGCCCGGGGUCGCUCCUACCUUGAUGCCUACUUCGUCUUCCACAAUGGGACUGCCCUAACCCUCAAUGAGCUGAGUGUGUUGAUCCGGAAAGACCAGGACUCGUUGACACAGCUGCUCCAGCUGGGCCUGGUGGUGCUGGGCUCCCAGGAGAGCCAGGAGUCAGACCUGCCGCAGGUGCUCAUCAGCGUCAUCGUGGGGUUGUCGCUGGCUUUGCUGCUGACCCUCGUGAUCAUGACCAUCACCUUCGUGUGUCUCCGGAAGAGCUACCGCCGGAAGCUUUGGGCUCUGAAGGCUGCCAAGGAGGCCCGGAUGACGGCCGCAGGAGUGAUGCCCUCAGGCCCUGUCAUUCCGGGAACGAACAUAUACAACACUGAGCGGGCCAACCCCAUACUGAACCUCGCCGCCAAGGACUUGGGCUUCGAGUCUCUCUCUUCUUCUAGUGACUUGGACCAUGUCAGCCUCAACUCCCUGGAUGACAACACAGUGAACCUGCACCAAGACAAGCAGGAGAUCAAAGCAAGUCAGAAGGAGUCGCUGCCCAGUCUGAUGGAGUCAGAUGUUGAACCACUGAGCCUGGUGCUGUCAGGGAGGCAGGAGGACACCGGCGGCAAGGGGGAGGCACUGUCUUUAACCAACCCUGCCCUGGACACUACAGACCUGUGACACCACAGGUGGGGCACCACAGAGUCCCACACUACUUCCUGCUCUUCCAGGUCUACCCCUAAACUAUGUACCCUUCUCCAGCUGCAAUAAUAUGCCAUGUCGCCCUGCCCA